CAAAGGGGGCGUGGUCUUCAGGUCACAGUCUCGCCAUUUUCCGCUUGUUGUUGGUAGCCUGCUAGCUAAAUAAGCUAGCUACUUGCAGCAUCUUCAGCACAGCAUCACUUGUGUUACAAUAAGUCACGUUAAGAUACAAAACUCGCCCGUGGGUCACUGAAGCAAACCAAACGACAGUUAUAUCCCGUCAUCAUGGACGAGGAGUAUUACAGUGGCGGGGGAGACUGGGAAGGGCCGGACGGUAACUUGGAGGAUUAUGUUGAAGGGGAAAAUGAUGGAAAAAUCCAGGAAGACUGUUUGACAAAAUUCUCCAGCAGGGAUUACAUCAUGGAGCCAGCCAUCUUCAACACCCUGAAAACGUAUUUCCAGGCAGGUGGCUCUCCUGAACAUGUCAUCCAGCUCCUCUCAGAAAACUACUCAGCUGUUGCUCAGACUGUCAAUCUGCUGGCAGAGUGGCUCAUCCAGAUGGGUGUAGAGCCGGCUCAAGUCCAGGAAAGAGUAGAAAAUCACCUCAAGAGUCUCCUCAUAAAGCACUUUGACCCUCAGAAAGCAGACUCUAUUUUCACAGUGGAGGGAGAGACUCCUGCUUGGCUCGAACAGAUGAUAGCACACACCACAUGGAGAGACCUUUUCUAUAAGCUGGCAGAGGCUCACCCAGACUGCUUGAUGCUUAACUUCACUGUAAAGCUCAUUUCAGACGCAGGUUAUCAGGGUGAGAUCACCAGUGUGUCCACAGCGUGUCAGCAGCUGGAGGUUUUCUCGAGGGUGCUGAGGACGUCUUUGGCCACGCUGCUGGAUGGAGGAGAAGAAAACCUGGAGAAGAACCUGCCAGAAUUUGCUAAGAUGGUGUGUCACGGCGAGCACACAUACCUUUUUGCUCAGGCGAUGAUGUCAAUCCUUGCUCAGGAAGAACAGGGCGGUUCAGCUGUUCGGAGGAUUGGCCAGGAGGUGCAGAAGUCAGCGCAUCAAAGAGGUCAUGAUGCCAGUCAGAUAACCCUGGCGCUAGGCACAGCAGCAGCCUACCCCCGAGCCUGUCAGGCGCUGGGCGCCAUGUUGUCCAAAGGAGCGCUGAAUCCUGCGGAUAUCACCGUUCUGUUCAAGAUGUUCAGCAGCAUGGACCCACCUCCUGUGGAGCUGAUCCGAGUGCCUGCUUUCUUGGACCUCUUCAUGCAGUCGCUGUUUAAGCCGGGCUCAAAGAUCAACCAAGACCAUAAACACAAAUACAUCCACAUCCUGGCCUACGCUGCCAGUGUGGUCGAGACGUGGAAAAAGAACAAGAGAGUCAACAUCAAUAAAGAUGAGCUGAAGUCGACCUCCAAGGCCAUCGAGACUGUUCACAAUCUCUGCUGCAACGAGAAUAAAGGAGCCACAGAGCUGGUUGCUGAGCUUGGUACUUUGUAUCAGUGCAUCCGGUUUCCAGUUGUUGCUAUGGGAGUCUUGAAAUGGGUGGACUGGACCGUGUCUGAGCCGCGCUACUUCCAGCUGCAGACAGACCACACUCCUGUACAUUUAGCUCUGCUGGAUGAGAUCUGUACGUGUCACCAGCUGCUGCACCCACAGGUCCUCCAGCUGCUCAUCAAGCUGUUUGAGACGGAGCACUCUCAGCUGGAUGUCAUGGAGCAGCUGGAGCUGAAGAAGACUCUGCUUGAUCGGAUGGUUCAUCUGCUGAGUCGUGGCUACGUGCUGCCAGUUGUUGGUUACAUCCGGAAGUGUCUGGAGAAACUCAACACAGACAUCUCCCUCAUCAGAUAUUUUGUCACAGAGGUUCUGGAUGUGAUUGCACCCCCUUACACAUCAGACUUCGUUCAGCUCUUCCUGCCCAUCCUGGAGAAUGACAGCAUCGCAGGAACAAUCCGCACAGAGGGAGAACACGACCCUGUUGCAGAGUUCAUUGCUCAUUGCAAGUCAAACUUCAUCAUGAUCAACUGAAGUGGAUGGCUAUGAAAUGUUCAUGGUGCAGACGGUACCUGAAACACCUGAGACAGACAGCAGAUCUGUAAUCUCCACGGUAACCUCAUGCUCUUGCAUCAGGAUGGAGAACAUACCUUGAAGACUGUCUCUUCGGUUUAACAGAGUGAACAAUCGGUAUCAAGGAAAAGCAAACGUCGGUGAGCUGAUGGCAGAAUACAGUCACAAGGAGACUGGAGCCUAUCAACAUGCAGCUAAAUGUUUUUUUUUUAACCUGUAUAUUUGAUUUUCUAUGUUUAAUGUUGGUUUAAGCGGUUUUAAAAUAAAUGCCUCAAUGUGG